CUUUAGCAUCUUCUGUUUGUUUCCGAACGUGCAGUUUAUGCGGCGGAGCGCGAUGGCAGCUAGGAGGAGAGAGCUGAGUGUCAAAAACUGAAGCUUUUUCAUUUUUAAUAACUCGCUUAUUUUUUUAUUAGUUUUCGUGUUGUUGUGCAUUAUGGCCUUUUUAUUUUCUCACGUUUACAAUCCGUUAUAGUUCUCAACGUUCCGUUUCUACGCUGUGUGAGUCCCACAGAUGACCCUGUGUUCAAAAACUGUUAGGUUAGAUUAUUUAUUUUUUUCUCACAAAAUCUAGAAUUUGCUCCGGUUUUUGAAGAUUUCUGAUAAACCAUAGAGGCCGGAGUGAUGUCCAGGGUGAUUCUCCAAACUCCAGUAGGAGUGUGUGGCCUCUUUCGGAGACGGCUGCUCAAGCCCGGCCCCCCUCAUUCCUUCAUCCUGAGCACCAGAACCAUUUAUGAAAGAGAUUAUAGGAGGCCAGGCCAUUCUCCGGAUACUCGGUGGCCCUGGGAGAAGAUCCGCUUUGACCUUUCCAAGGGCCUGGAGGGGAUACGAAAGCACUUUGGGCUGCUGAAAGAUGAGUUUGUGGGUCAGUGGAAGGGGCCCGAGGGCCGGCCACUGAUGGAGCACAUGCUGGAGCAGACCCAGGUGCAGUGGGAGUUCCGCGGGCCAGAGUCUCUGGGACAGUGGGUGGUGUCUUCAGACCGAGAGAUAGGGGGCCGGAGUGAAGCGUACCUGAAGCUGGGUAGGAAUAACACAACCUGCAUGCUGUACGGGACUCUGUGUUCAGUUCCACCUCGGGAUGGAGAGACACGCUACAGUGGAUACUGCACGCUGCGCUCCCAACAGCCUCUGUCUUCGUUCAACAGGAAGAAGCACUUUGAUUGGUCGAGCUUUAACACGUUGUUCCUGCGUAUCCGUGGAGACGGGAGGCCCUGGAUGAUAAACAUUUCAGCAGAGACCUUCUUCUCCCACCAGAGGGAUGACAUCUACAGCUACUUCCUGUACACGCGAGGGGGUCCAUACUGGCAGGACGUCAAGAUCCCAUUUUCUAAGUUCUUUCUGUCAAGUCGAGGAAGAAUACAAGAUGACCAGCAUGCUCUCUGGUUGGACAAGGUGAACACUAUUGGCUUCACGCUGGGAGACAAAGCAGAUGGCCCCUUUCAGUUGGAGAUUGACUUCAUUGCUCUGUGUAAUGACCGUGCUCACACUGAGGAGUUUGCAUACGAACUAUACAAGAGGAACCCAGAAGCUUGAGUGGCAGAAGGUGGACUCUGUACAACAGACUUAAGUCCUAAACCUUCAUUAGGGAAAAACUGUGAAAUGAAUUUAAUGUUAAUGCACACAAAUCUGCAACUAUUAGGGCAUCCAGACUCAAACCCAAAACCCAUGAACAACAAUGUACAAAACCAUUUACAUGUUUAAUAGCAAAUAAAAGCAGAUUUAAAAGGACAA